AUGGCAAAAAUUGCUCGCAAGUUUCAAAUGAGCGUCGUUUUGUUAAUAUCAAUUUUAAUUGUUGCCGUUAGUUCGCAACCUUCGUCAGCACCUGAAGACCAACCAGUUUCAAUUACAAAUCAUGUUAUUAAGGUCGGUUACAUGGGAACCGGAUUUAGCCAAAAUAAUUUCACUGCCGGUAAAGGUGAUGUGUUAUAUUGGGAAUGGGAAGGGGAAUUGAAACAUUCUGUGAUCGAAUCAACUCCUGAAACGCCGUGCGUAAAAAAAGAAGGAGGUUUUGAUCUUGGAGUUCAUAAAACUCCAUUUAAUGUCAGUAUAGCCGUUGAGGAGAAACGGACCUACGUUUUCUUUUCUGAUGUGUCAGACGAUUGUAAGAACGGAAUGUAUGGAGGAAUUAAUCUUCCUCAGGGAUAUGUUUGGCCAGAACAGUUAACCGUGCCUCCAAAACAAAUUGAAACACCAAAUUUAGGUCCAAAACCUACAGGUUCAAUGACAACCAUGGGCGUGAAUUCCGCAAAUGCGCAACCCACGCAGGGUUCUGUUUCGGAUUCUUUAGAAAUUUCCUCAAGUUGUGAUUUAACGAAGCCCGGUUAUAAUAUCAUUACUGGAACCUUG